AUGAAAAGAAUAAUAACGAACAACAUUGUUCAACAGAUGCUGUUUUACCCGAAAAGAAAUUCCAAUUCUUCUCUGUCAAUUAAAUCAAAUACAAUUAUUACGAACAAGAAAUUGUUGUAUGAUCCUACAACAACAACAUCGGCAUUUGGCCAAAUACGUUCGUACAUCACCACAAAUUGGUUGAAAGAAGCAUCAUCAGCACCAAAAUCCUCCCAACAAAUCACUCUCAAUUUGACUGAUUAUAAGAAAUGGAGUGCCCAACAAGUAGCAUCAGUACUGACCUCUCCUGAAUCUUUGGGUGGAGCUGAUUUGUCAGUUGAUGAUGUGAAUUCUUUGUAUGAGAAUGAUUUUGAUGGCUCAGCUCUCCAUAACGUUGUUGAGGAUAUUCAGAAGAAGGAUGAAUACUUUGCUCUUGAUCAAUUCAAGAACAUUUUAAAAGACAGUGGUUUUAAAAUGACUUUUCGACUCUCCAACACUUGCCAAACUGUUGUACAUUGGGUGCUCGAUCAAUUAAUGACCAGACAAUAUUCACUAUGGCAAUUGGAGCCAGUGAUUAAGCACAUCAAGCAAAAAUUGGGCGAACCAAUUGCAAAAGGAGGUGCUGAUUUGAGUCUUGAUCAAGUUUCUUCAUUAGAUGAUAAAUCUCUCUACACCAUUGCACAAAAAGUAGUCUCUUCCGAAGGUGAAUCUGUGGUCAUUGGAAAUCUUGACUUGAAUUUGGACACAAUAGUUGUCGAAUGGGUCAAAGAAUUUCUCCUACAAAACAAUAAGAUUCAAAUUGAGCUAAAGAAAUUCACUAAGGCUCCGAAACGUUUUAUCCGAUCAGUUUUGGACGAUUUUGCUAACCAUGUCAAAGCUUAUUCAACAAAUGAAAAAGAAUCAGUAUUGCAGUUCAAUGAGAAGAUGAAACAAUUUCAACUCGACAAAGCUGAUUCCCCAAUCUAUUUGUUCGAGAAUGAGGGACCAAAUAACAUGGAAAUAACUUCUUCAAAGGCCAUAUCGUGCGAUUUAGGUCCCACAUUCCCUUCAAACAAGUAUGACGAACAUUAUGAAUUUAUUACUUCACGUUAUGUUCUUAAUCCAUUGUUGGUAUUAAUUGAGGCUACAGGAACUGGAAAAACUCAUUUUGCUUAUCACUUAAUUUCUCGGGGACACAUUGUAUUGAAAAUUUCAGUUCUUCACAAAGUUAUAUUGAAGAGCUAUUUGAACACAAUACUUAACGACUCACAAAAUAGUAUGGACUUGAGAUGUUUAUUAGAUACAGUAAUACGCCGUUUCAUCAGGUCAUACUUAUUUGUGGCUGAUAUUAUUAUUAGUAAUAUGGACAAAUUGAGCACUAUGGAAAACAUUGAAAAUAUUAAUCUGUACUUGUACAAAUAUAUCUUGAAUGAGGGUUUUAAAAUGGUAGAAGAAGUUUUUAAACAAAAAUAUGAACAGUAUACUUUUUCUCCUCAGUUAGAACAAGUUAUGUUUUUAAUUGACGAAGCUCACAAUUUUGACGACUUUGACAACCAAAUUCCUCUAAGAAACGACGUAAACAACGGCAACCUGCUAACUCUUCUCACUUCCAACAUGAGAUAUUUUGGCCCAGUAAUAUUAACAACAACCUCUGCAAAUGCUAUAGAGGACAAAAUUGAACAACCUAUUUCGCACGAUUGUUCAAAACCACGUUUUGAAAAAUUUUCCUACCACUUUAAAAAACCGCUUCCAAUAUUGCAUGCCAAACAAGUAACAAAUUUUUUAGACAUGUUUAUAGAUACCAGUAGAAAAGGAAACGAUAAUUCAGAAAUUUGGAAUAUUGUUGCAACAUUUUUACAAGGUCCGAUAAGACUAUGUGAAGAAUUUCUUCAACAAUUAUUUUUAGUGUUGUGCAAACAGUCAGCUCUUCAAUUUAGAUCUUUUACAGACUUGAUAUAUACAAAUCUUUGCACUCUCGUUUUUCGUAAAGAGAAUUAUGGACAAACAAAAAUUCAGAAAUCCUUAUACAAGAGUUUAUUCUACAGAUUAGCCUUGCUUGGAGAGGUAAAUUUAACAAAAACUAACGAUAUUAUUUCAUCACGACCAUGUGUGUUAUCUUUUGAGGAACAAAAUGUUGCAAAGUUUUUGUUAACACAUGGUUUGAGUUAUACCUAUGAUAACACUAACAAAAUAUAUAAGAUUAUCAGUCCAAUAGAAAGAAUGAGAUUGCUGAAGACUCUUCAACAAGAGGGAUCUGAGGCUAAAAGUGAUUGGUUUUUAUAUUCGCACAAACAAUUGAGCGAAAUUGAUGAUAUUUCACCUCUCUCUGAAGUGGCUGCUGUAUAUUUUAUUUUGAACCAUUUUGAAUUCUUUAAACAACAAUUCCCAGGGACUUAUUUGCAAAAAUAUUAUUCACCUGCAAAGUAUUAUAUUGAAGAUUCAGAAAUUUCCAAAGAUUCAUUGGGCACUGAUUUCAAAAUUUCAUCUCUUCUUAUUAACACAAUGCAUUGCAAUAUGAAAGGAUUUCAAACAGAACGGUAUCCAUUAACAGGAAACAAUGACCUUUUGUCACAGUUUUUAGUACGCCCAUGCCACCAUGCAGGACCUGAUGUAUUGGGAAUGUUAAUACGUUCUUCCAACGUUAAAGAUGAUACAAUUCCUUUUUGUAUUCCAAUUGUUGCAGCUGUGACUAGGACAACAGGAGACAAUGUAAAAUUCAAGAACAACUAUGAUACAACUGAUCUCUCCAAUUUGUAUUAUGAGAAAGUGGCAACAACAAUCUCUCCACCAACUAAUGACCUUGCAAGGAAAGAAAGAAAUUCCUUAAACACAGCUAUUACUGAUAUUGUGAAAACAGGAAACAUGUUGAGAAUAUUAUUUCAUCCCAAUGAAACUUUCAACAGCUCUCUUGGUGACAGAAUUCCACAAUACGAUAAUGAUGAUGCAGUUGAAACAGUAUUCUCUGAUCAUGCAGUCCUGACUAAGAAGGGACAUUGUAUCUAUGAAAUUUCGAAUAAUAAUUCAGUAUGGAAAAAUUAUCUCAACAGCAAUAAUAUGUCUGUGGUAGCUGAUUUGUUCAAAUAA